AUUUUGUAGUAAAUCGAUAGAACUAUAUCACAGGGAUAUAUAUGAUUUUCUUAUUUGAUGCCAACUGAACUUUUUUAUAAUCAAACUGAAAAUAAAAUAAAAUCUAUUUCUUACUUGAGAAUAUUUUUCUGACUACAUAGCAUAAAUCAAGAUACACAAUUCAUUUGAGCAUGGAUUUGGACGACGACGGCAAUAUGAUACUGAAGGAGAUUCAAACACUUGAAGGACACGCCGAUAGGGUUUGGAGCUUAGCUUGGAAUCCAGCCACAGCAACUUCUCCUGUCUUCGCUUCUUGUAGCGGCGAUAAGACUGUUCGAAUCUGGGAGCAGACUCCUUCCACUCGCCUUUGGCACUGCAAGGCAGUUCUGGAAGAAACACACACUAGAACUGUUCGGUCGUGUGCCUGGUCACCUUCUGGGAAAUUGUUGGCAACCGCCAGCUUUGAUGCCACCACUUCCAUUUGGGAAAAUAUUAGCGGUGAUUUUGAAUGUGUUUCUACUUUAGAGGGUCAUGAAAAUGAAGUGAAAAGUGUGUCUUAUGCAUCUGGUUCGUUCCUUGCGACGUGUAGUCGGGAUAAGACUGUUUGGAUUUGGGAAGUGAUGCCUGGGAAUGAAUUCGAGUGUGCUUCGGUUUUGCAAGGACACACACAAGAUGUUAAAAUGGUUAAAUGGCAUCCAACUAUGGAUGUUUUGUUUUCUUGUAGUUAUGAUAAUACUGUUAAGGUUUGGGCUGAGGAUGGCACUGGUGAUUGGCAUUGUGUUCAAACCUUAGGUGAAUCUAACAAUGGUCACUCUUCUACUGUCUGGGCACUUUCUUUUAACGCUGAAGGAGACAGAAUGGUUACUUGUAGUGAUGAUCUUACCCUAAAAAUAUGGGAAACAGAUGUUGGGAGGAUGGUGUUGGGUGAUGGGCACGCUCCUUGGAAUCAUCUUUGCACUCUCUCAGGUUAUCAUGAUCGAACGAUCUUUUCAGUUCAUUGGUCAAGGGAAGGUAUUAUAGCAAGCGGAGCAGCUGAUGAUGGUCUACGGUUUUUUCUGGAGAACAAAGAUGGUUUGGUUGACGGUCCUUCAUAUAAACUGUUGCUGAAAAGGGAAAAGGCUCACAAUAUGGACAUAAACUCAGUGCAAUGGGGCCCUGGGGAAACCCGGCUACUUGCUUCCACAAGUGAUGAUGGGAAAAUAAAGAUAUGGGAACUGGCAACUCUAACCUGAUACAACUUUUUGAUAAUGAUGGUUAUGAUUUCAUGAAGCACGAGACCCAACUUCUGGGAUCUUGAAAUUGAUACAUGUUUUAGAUAUAAAUCUCUUGUUAAUCUCCUGUUAUAAGUUGAUCAGUGUAGUGGAUGGAGCUGGGUUGACUUGACGUUUCUCUACAAUGGAAGUCGGAAGUUUUCCAUAUUAAAUAAAGCAUAUGUAUUUUUAUUCUUAAUGUAUUAUUUGACUGGUCAAAUUGGAGCGACUCAUGAUACUGGGUUUUAGAACGAGACUGUAUAUAGUCUGCCAGAACUAAAUUGGGAGCAGAAAUAAAAUUAUCAGAGAUUGUAAUUUGGAUAUUAA